UCGGUGUCCACCAGCGCCCCGACGCCACGCACACACACAGCAGGACCGCGGCGCCCCACCGGCGUGCAAGGGAGCAAGCAGCAGGAGCCUCUGUUGGAAGAGAUGGUCAUGGGCCUGGGUCCCUUGGUGUUGAUCUUCGUGCUGGGUCUGGGUGUGACCCCUCCGACCCUUGCUCAGGAUGACUACAGGUACAUUCGCUUCCUGACCCAACACUAUGAUGCCAAUCCGACUGGCCGGAAUGACAGAUACUGUGAAACCAUGAUGAGGAGACGAGGCCUGACCUCACCCUGCAAAGACACCAACACAUUUGUUCACGGCACCAAGAGCAGCAUCAAGGCCAUCUGUGAGGAUAAGAAUGGAGAGCCUUAUGGGGCAAACUUCAGAAUAAGCAAGUCUGCUUUCCAGGUCACCACUUGCAAACACGUGGGAGGGUCCUCCAGGCCUCCUUGCCGGUACCGAGCCACAUCAGGGUCCAGAAAGAUUAUUAUUGCCUGUGAAAACGGCUCUCCUGUGCAUCUUGAUGAGUCCGUUUUUCAUUAAAAACCAGCAGCCCACUGACCAGAGCUGACUGUGGUUUCCUUUCCUUUGGUUUUCCCGGCACACGCCAGUUUGUGCUGAGCGUGUGCUGCCAAAAGUGUUAGCGACAUUCAUUACCAGGGACCCAGAAAAUGAGAUACCUGCAUCUUUUAUUUUCUGUUUUACAGCAUAUGUUUAAUAAAUAAAAAUGUCUCUGCAAUCAUUAAAAAUCA